GUUCAAUAUAAGUGUUAUCCCGUUCCUCAUCAUACUACUUGUCUUGUGGUUUAUUUGUCGAACAGGACAAGAAAAAUGCCUUCACCGAUGGCGUUGAAUCCGCCAUCACGUUCUCCAUCCAUCUUCAAAAAGAAAAAAUCACUUAGCCAGUUGUCGUCAAUGGCGACCGCAGCGUCCUACCUUUCUGCUGUUCACCAAGCAGAUACGCGCGCUCGCAGUCAUGACAAUUCUUCUGUUUCAUCAACCCCUGCACUUUCACUAUCAUCUUCUAUCACAGCAUCAUCUGAGGACACCGUUCUCAACGAGGACGACGAGAACAAUUGUCUCGCGUACCCCUUUACACCCCCAACCUCUGAACAGGUCUUUACCACCGUUCACACGGAGUUUGGUCACUGUGCAAACGAGGCAUAUCGUUGCGUCUCACAGCAUGACUACACCAAACCUGUGCAAGAGCACACCAUCGAGGAGCCUCCAUAUUAUAUCCUCCUCACGACCUAUAUUAGUUACCUUAUUCUCCUCUGUUUUGGUCAUAUGCGUGACUUUUUCGGAAAGCGUUUUACCAAGUCUUAUUUCACCCACCUUAUGCCCCAUGAUGGUUACGCGCCAUUGAACUCGGAUUUUGAUUCGUUCUACACCCGUCGGCUUAAGCGUCGCAUGGAUGACUGCUUUUCCCAGCCUGUCACCGGUGUUGCAGGACGCACUAUUGUUAUCCUCGACCGGUAUUCCACGGAUAACAAUCACACUCAGAUAUUCACUGGUAGCAAGUCCCGCGCGCUGAACAUUUCUUCGUAUAACUACCUCGGCUUUGCCCAGGCCCGUGGUGGCUGUGCAGACGCAGUUGAGGAAAGCAUCCGUCGAUAUGGCGUCUCCACUUGUGGCACGCGUCUUGAGAGUGGGAGCAGUGAGCUCCAUGUGUCUGCUGAAGCCCUUGUUGCGCGUUUUGUCGGCAUGGAAGAUGCAUUGAUCAGCUCUAUGGGAUUCGCCACCAACUCUACUUUUAUCCCUGCACUCGUGGGAAAGGGAUCUCUUGUCAUUUCCGACGAAUUCAACCAUGCUAGUAUCCGCGUUGGUGUACGCCAUAGUCAUGCUCAGGUCCGGAUGUUCAAACAUAAUGAUAUGUCAAGCCUCGAGUCCCUGCUGCGCGAGGUGAUUAGCCAGGGUCAGCCCAAGACGCAUCGUCCGUGGAAGAAGAUUUUAGUCAUCGUGGAAGGUUUGUACUCCAUGGAGGGCACUCUCGUGAACCUGCCUAAAAUUGUUGAACUGAAGCAGAAGUACAAGUUCUUCCUCUUUGUCGAUGAGGCACAUUCAAUCGAUUACUUUAACAUCCCUCCUCGUUCUAUUGAUGUCUUGAUGGGCACUUUCACCAAGUCCUUUGGUGCUGCUGGCGGAUACAUCGCAGGGCCUAAAAUCCUUAUUGAUGCUCUCCGGUUGCGUGGUCACUCCGGAACGUAUGCAGAAGCCAUGGCGCCCCCCGUUCUCAUCCAGGUCGUCUCGUCGAUGGUCAGCAUUAUGGGCGUCGCUCCAUCAUCACAGUCGACCAAGUCCGCACUCACGCUCAGCCCUGCUAGUUCCAUCGUCACGCUGAGGGACAGUGCAGAGGAGCUCCCAGGAAUGGCACUUCCAAGCAUGCUGCCAACAUGGAUGACCCUCCAUCCGGCUCUCGCGGACGGUUCUGAAGCUCGUAUGCGUAUCCGCCGUCUUGCCUUCAACUCGCGGUAUCUCCAUCAGGGUCUCAAGAAACUCGGUUUUAUCACCUACGGACAUCCCUUCAGCCCGAUUGUUCCCCUUCUCAUAUUCAAUCCGGGCAAGAUGAGCAUGUUCUCGCGCAUGAUGCGUUCGCGGAGCACGCCGAUUGUUGUCGUUGUCGUCGCGUACCCUGCCACUCCUCUUGUCACCAGUAGGGUACGGUUCUGUGUCAGCGCAGCGCACACAAAGGAGGAUAUCGAUAUGGUGCUACGGGCAUGCGAUGAGGUGGGCGGCAUCCUGGACCUGAAGCAUGGACUAGGCGAACGGUGGGGGAUCGACGAGGUCUGCAAGCGCGCAGUGGAGCUUGUACACUCUGUGUGA